AUGGAAGCCCCUCUUGUAAGCCUGGAUGAAGAGUUUGAAGACCUGAGGCCGUGCUACAUAGCGGAUAGGGAAGAGAAAGCUCAUUAUUUUUAUGGCUCCUCAGCCCAGCACUUGGAAGAUCCUUCUCUUUCUGAGCUAGAGAACUUCUCUUCUGAGAUCAUCAGUUUCAAAUCCAUGGAAGAUUUGGUCAAUGAAUUUGACGAAAAGCUCAACAUUUGCUUUCGGAAUUACAAUGCCAAAACAGAGAACUUGGCUCCGGUAAAGAACCAUUUCCAGAUCCAAGAAGAGGAGGAGAAUCUGCAGGAUGAAGAGGUCUGGGAUGCCCUAACAGACAACUACAUCCCAUCCAUCACCGAGGACUUGAGGGAUCCCAACAUCGAAGUGCUUAACGGCAAUAUCUCUGACACAGAGAUCCAUGAGAAGGAGGAGGAAGAGCUUAACGAAAAGAGUGAAAAUGACUCCGGUAUUAAUGAGGAACCUCUACUCACGGCUGAUCAGGUGAUUGAAGAAAUUGAGGAAAUGAUGCAAAAUUCACCUGACCCUGAAGAGGAAGAAGAAAUUUUAGAGAAGGAUGAUGGUGGGGACACAAGCAGUCAGGCCGAUUCGGUCCUUUUGCAGGAAAUUCAGGCCUUGUCGCAAAGCCUGAACAAAAAUUGGUCAUGUGAAGGUUUGGGGCACAUGUCUGCCCAGGAACUUCUGGAGAUUCUGGAUCGAGUGGAAGGUGCUAUUCAGGAUUACUCGGAGGAGCUGAUACAGCAGCUGGCUUGUCGAGAUGAGCUGGAGUUUGAGAAGGAGGUGAAGAACUCCUUCAUCACCAUCCUGAUGGAGGUGCAGAACAAGCAGAAAGAACAUCGAGAGAUGAUAAAGAGGAGGAGGAAAGAAAAAGGACUGAGUCUGCAAAACAAUCGGAUAGAAAGGGCAGCUCAGAUGCCUCUCAAGCGGUUCAGUAUGGAAGGAAUUUCAAAUAUUCUGCAAACUGGAAUCCGGCAGACAUUUGGAAAUUCAGCAGCUGAAAAGCAGUAUUUGAACACUGUUAUCCCAUAUGAGAAGAAAGGGGCGCCUCCGUCAGUUGAGGACUUGCAAAUGCUUACAAACAUUCUCUUUGCAAUGAAGGAAGACAACGAAAAAGUCCCUACGCUGCUCACUGACUACAUUUUAAAAGUUCUCUGCCCUACCUAAGCUCUGCAUUCUGAGCAUCAUGAAGUCAACAGGAGAUCAGGCCAGGGUGUCAUUCCAUCACGGGACUGCAUGACAUAAUGUACACUUCUGAAUUGUGUAUUUAAAAUGUAUAGCAUUAACUGGGGUUAAAUACGAGUGAAACUCUAUCCUUCACUGUCGGUUUCUAGUCAUAGUCAACA